AUGCAAGCCUCUAGUCGACGCCGCAGCCGCGACGAGGAGAAUGGCGAAGAAUUUGACAGGCAGAAGGAUCGCAAGCAGAGAAGGCGAAGCGAGCGCCAAGCGAGGAAGGAGGCACGCAUUGCGGCCCAUGAAAAAUGGGUAGAGCGGCGGCGUAGUAUGAAGAAAAAGGCUCACGAGGAACGAGGAGGAAAGCAACUUGGCCUUAAAGUAACACAAAGAAAGCGGUUGCUAUCAACAAACGCAUCCGCGGCUCCACCCCAUGCGCUUAAGGCGGUGGCAAGGGGCAUGAAGGCAACUAGCGACCCUAACAAAACCAUCGAUCCUCUGGAUGGUGGAGAAACUUGCUCAUCCCCCGACGCCGUUGUCUCUCAAACGGCUCCCGUACAGCUGUACGAGAAGAAGCAGCCGCAAGUGGGUUUCGUUGGUGCGACAUCGUCAACAAGAGCGACAGAUAUGUCUACGGCUAUUAUUAGUGAUAGUGCUAUGGAACUCACUUCGGCGAAAUAUAUUCCGCCGACGCUCCGACGUCAGCUGACACAGGAAACAAACUCUAGCUUAGAUGAACGCACACGACGCAUCGUCAACAAACUCACUGUGCGCAAUGUGGCAGAGCUGACAAGGGAGACUUCAGAGCUCUUUGGUGGGGCUGUUGAGGGAGCCACGCGAGCGUCGGUGUUACGCAGCCUUUCACAGCACAUUAACCGCAUGUGCAUGUUGGACACAGGCCCCUUGACGCCGAUCGUGAGUCUACCGUUUGCGGGGCUUAUUCGUGGGCUUCAGUUGUUACAUGGCAAUGUGGUGGGAUCCGAGUUGAUAGAGAGUCUCUGUUUGGCACUCCAGGAACACCUGGACGACAAGAGCGAGAUAAGUGCGUCCAACGGUGCGAUGGUGCUUGCACAUCUUUAUCUUUUGAAUGCGGUGGAUGCAUUGCUUGUGUCCAGCUUCCUGCGCUCUGCACUGCGACUUGGAAGUCACGGGAACAUCUGUGCUGUGGCUUGCGCACUGACGCUUCUUCGUGCGUGUGGUGAGAAACUACUAAAGGAGGCACCUGGGCAAAUGGAACAAGCACUGACAGAUGCAAAGUCCUACAAGAGUCAAGGGCAGUCUAACGUCCGGCACAGCACCCUUCUCAGUUACGUUGCGGACAUUCUGAUGGGACACACACGCAGUGCCAAGCGCAGCGUAAAUGAGGAAGAGGUUCCUGUUGAGUCGUUGCUUAGAGAUAUCUCUGCUUUGUUGCCUGGAAGUGGAACCUCCGGUAACAAGCGUGUGCUGCAUCGCAUCAUGAGUACAACGAGCGUGUUAACGGGACUCACCUGGGCGCGGAUGUUGCGCAGUGACAAGCCCCCUCGCUGGUUUACCACUGCUGCCUGGGAUGGCAUCGAUGACUGUGAAAAUUCCAACGUGUUGCCCGAGGCCAACGCAGAGGCCCUUUCUUCCGUCGCUUCUGGGGGUGAAAUCACGGAUAGCGAGGAGGAUGCAGCGGAGCUGAAAGCCGAGCAUAUUCGACAACUCCGCCAGCAAGAGAAAGCGAUAUCAGGGCAGCGUCUCAACACUGAAAACAAGCGUGAGGUGUUUCAAGUUAUUGUCAAUGCCUCGGAUGAUUUAGAAGGCUUUACGCUGCUUAUGCAUCGUGACCCUUCGUUUAGCCGCCUGCAUGACACACUGUCUGUGCUGCUGCAAUGCGCCUAUCAAGAGAAGGUUUAUAACUCUUAUUAUGCACAAGUUAUUCAACGUUUUUGCAGUGCGAAGGAAUCGUGCAAAAGUACACUUCAGUUCGCCUUAUGGGAUAUGUUUAAGGCGAUUCGCGUGGAGUCGGUCGAUAUCACGGGAUACGUUAAUCUUUCCUGCCUACUCGCCCAUCUGAUUGAGGUGGGUGUAUUUACACUGGCCGUCUUGCGAGGGCUGGACUUGGACAGCACAAACCGCACCAUUGGGUUAUUUACUCGCGUUCUUCUUCUUCGCCUGAUUCUACAGUUGCCUCCCGCAAGGCUGGCGGAGGUAUUUUUCGGCGGUGAUGGGUUUCGUGCACACGACGUGAAGAUUGACACUAGUGUCUUACGAUCCAACCUGGCCAAGAUUUUGGAGCGCUACUUUGUCGACGAGCGGGAGUCCGGAAAAUGGAUCCCGCAUUUCUACGACGUGGUCGCCAGAGGCACUUCCUUCGACGUGCAGCGACGAGACCGUCACGAGUUUAGCGGCAGUGGCGAAAGGGCGGUGAGUGAGGAGGCGCAGCUUCAGUUGUUUAUAAAGCGGAUUCAGGUUGUGUGUAAGGCGUUGAAGACUGGCAUAUCAUGA